CCAUUUAUCUGUGACGUGAAAUCAUUUUCAUCUCUGUCAUGCAAAUGUCCUGUUUUGGACUUAAACUACUCUUACAGAGGCAAUGUCAAGCAAAUUAACAACAUACUCUGGAUUUAAGGUUUUUUAUCAUGUUUAUAGCCAAUGUCUUGUGAAUGAACAACCAAUUCUAUUUAUAAUUGCUAUUACAGAAUUAAUACCCUAACAUUAAGACAAAAUGACGAAAAAGCAAAAUUAACCCGCUGACAAAUAAACCUGACAUACACCACAAACAUGUUGUCACCAAUAAAAGAAUAUUAAUUAUUAUCUGAAACAGACUAUACUACAUUAUUCUUGACUGUUCAAUCUUUUAUGUUCUCCCUCAAAGCCCUACAUCAACUAACAAUUAAUGCACUAAAUAACGACACAGCAAUAUGCUGCUAUGAAAGUGGGCACAUCCAUUUAUGAUCUAUCUGCUAAAGCUCUGGCAUAAAUGCGAUCAAUUGACCCACAAUGCCUGAACAGCAAUACAUUAUGAACGAAUUUGUGUACAUAUGUUAAUGGCAGCCACUGAUACAGCAACCUACAGCAUCCUACAGCAGAUUAUGAAUCUGUUCAAUGUUUGACUUUUCCACGUUCCAACAAUGGGACGAUACGUCACCAAUCUAGGAACUAUGGUACGUGUGACACGCUUAUUAAGCACUUAGCAGAGUAAAUUGCAGUAGCUGAUCAUGUGAUGAUUCAAUGUAAAGUGUAUCCCUACGAGGUUGCUUCAGUCCUCAGUCGAGAGAUCAAUUUUUGCAACACUACGUAUUCUUUCGAUGGCUGGGUUCAAUUGAAUUAUGCGCGCCUUGUGGGGAAGUGUGUGUGAAUUAUUUAUACAUUUCGUGUGGAGACUAUACACUAUCUAGUCAAGAGACUGCUGCACCAACCACUGUGCUCUUAGCCAUGUUGGUGGUGCUUUCAACAUACACAUCUAGUAAUGACAGAAUCUUUGAGUAGACAAGAUGUGCCAAAAACUCAUGUGGAAUUCGUUGGAAAAGUCAUCUGUUGACAAAUUCAAAAGACCGAAGGCUGCUGGGCGCAUUAGCAACAGCCAUCCAAUCGAUAAUUUCAAGCUGUAGCUAUAACUAGCCGCAGUGUCACGGCGUUUGUGCCCCGCUGAAUACUGACUAGCUUACAAUGGCGACAUUAGUGUCCGCCAUUUUGGAAACGCUGUCUUUUCCCAAGCUGACUGACAACGACGAUGUCAAUGUGGAUGAUGGAAUGGGUACGGCAGGGAACGACUUCGAGUGUUGUGAGCGGGUCGUGAUAAACGUCAGUGGCCUACGUUUUGAGACACAACUGAAGACACUUAACCAAUUCCCUGAUACAUUGCUGGGAAAUCCACAGAAACGGAAUCGGUAUUAUGAUCCUCUUCGAAAUGAAUACUUCUUUGACCGAAAUAGGCCAAGUUUUGAUGCAAUACUUUAUUUUUACCAAAGUGGUGGAAGGUUACGGAGACCUGUCAAUGUCCCACUGGAUGUGUUUUCAGAGGAAAUUAAGUUUUAUGAGCUUGGGGAAGAUGCAUUUGAAAAGUAUCGAGAAGAUGAAGGAUAUAUUAAGGAAGAGGAAAAGCCAUUGCCUCAGAAUGAGUUCCAGAGACGUGUGUGGCUAUUAUUUGAAUACCCGGAAAGCUCAACAGCGGCAAGAAUUAUAGCCAUAUUCUCAGUUCUGAUUAUCCUGCUUUCCAUUGUGAUAUUUUGCCUGGAGACUUUACCAGAAUUCAAACACUACAGGGUUGUCAAUGCCACCAAAAAUGAGUCCCAAUCGUCAACCACACAACCCUCAAUUGAAGAAGAUGAUCUUCCAAAGUUCAAUGAACCAUUUUUCAUAAUCGAAACAUGUUGCAUAAUAUGGUUUACAUUUGAAUUGCUUAUUAGGUUUGCCUCCUGCCCUGAAAAGCUGGGAUUCUUCAAGAAUAUAAUGAAUUGCAUUGACAUUGUGGCCAUCAUUCCAUACUUCAUAACCCUUGGAACUGUGAUUGCUGAUGAAAGUAAAAGCAACAGUCAGGCUAUGUCUCUGGCUAUUUUGAGAGUGAUCAGACUUGUGAGAGUUUUUCGUAUUUUCAAAUUAUCUCGACACUCCAAAGGGUUGCAGAUUUUGGGCCAGACCCUGAAAGCCAGUAUGAGAGAGCUGGGCCUACUGAUCUUCUUCUUGUUUAUAGGCGUUAUCUUGUUUUCCAGUGCUGUGUAUUUUGCAGAGGCAGAUGCAGAACUUUCUCAUUUCAAAAGUAUUCCGGAUGCAUUUUGGUGGGCUGUGGUCACCAUGACAACAGUGGGUUAUGGAGACAUGCGUCCUAUUGGAGUGUGGGGGAAACUGGUAGGGUCGCUGUGUGCAAUUGCAGGUGUUCUAACUAUUGCUCUACCUGUGCCAGUUAUAGUGUCAAAUUUCAAUUAUUUCUACCAUAGAGAGACCGAAAGUGAUGACAAACACAACUAUACGCAUGUGCAGUCAUGUCCAAAUUUCCCAAGGAAAAAGAGUUCUUUGGAUUCUGAAUGUGGCUCUGAUAUCAUGGAAAUGGAAGAAGGGAAUAGUCUGAUGGUUACGGACAAACUGAAAGAAAAUCAUGCAAACAAAGUAAACAAUCCUUCUAGCAUCAACAAUUUAAGUAUUGAGACCGAUGUUUGAUGUAUGGCACAUGUGUUUCGUUGAUGGUGUGUUUGAAUUGUGCUACAGUAUCCCAGCAAGUAUGUCAAAGAGUCAGGUUUUUAUCUUGCCAUUUUCCAUUGUUGAAAGACAAGAAGCACAGGUCCUACCCAACAUGAACCUGGUCAUGCUUUCUACAGCAAACCCAAGGACUAGGUUAUCUAGUCUUGGCUACUGACACCAGUUAGGAUGAGAUGUAAGCCUGAUCCAAAGAUUGUCUUUGAUUCUGGAGAACAUGAUAUUACCAAGUUUUUAUGUGAUAAUUGUUAUAUAUCCUCUACUGACAAGCAUUUCCUGCAUAGUUUCAAUGAGAUAUUUCAUUAUGGUGUUAACAUUAAGCGUUAAUACCUAGUGCUGAUGACCAUGAGAUGCCCUCCUUCCUUUAAGCUGUGUUUCAUGUUGAGCCAAACCACUUGUGCAAAUUAUCUUACAACAUUGAAUCUGCUUAUCAUUCAAAAUUAGGUGUGUGGAUUCCAGUAUGUAUCGAUGCGGCUAACAAUCAGACAAGUAGAAGAGACAGUAUUUCUUCAUCAACAAGUGUAACAGAUAUAUCUACCAGCUCAUUGCUUUCAUCUAUGCAUUCUAAAGAAAUGGAAAAGUUUAGCUGUCGAGUUGCGAGGAGCACCUCCUUUUCUGUAGUAGCCUGAGUGACUAGCCGUGACUGACGCACAUGCGGAUACCAAGGUAAUGAUGGAGGCAACAUUCCCUGACGACGAUGUCCCCAGCUCCAAGUAGUGUCCCUCUUCCAGCUGUGUCUCUGCCAACUGCUCCGACCAACCAUGAGAUGGCUACACUUCAUCAUGUUCACACCUUAUGACCAGGAAGGUUACCUUCUCAGGGAACUUGUGGAUCACAGUUCAGUAUUAUGGACAAGAUGACCAAAGAUUGGCAAGGAACAUCUCCAGGCACCCAUUCCUCAACCAAUCACAUGGCUAGACCAUCAGCAACACCAGUCAGAAGGCCAGCCAGUCAGCAACAACCAAGUGGGAGGCAAGCCAGUCAGCAACAACCAAUCAGAAGGCCUAUCAGUCAACAACAACCAAUCACAGUUCAGGCAUCAGCUCAACAUCCAACCAGUGGGCAGUUCUCAAAGUUAUGUGUUAAGAUGGAUAAUAAUAACCAGUAAGACGACUUAUAACAGCCACAAAGGGGUUGCUGUGUACCAGUUAUCAACCAAAGGAGGGUUUCCUGUGUCCCUAUUAACCAAUCAAAGGGGUUGCAGUGUCCCUGUUAUCCAAUCAGAGGAGAUCUAUGUCCCAACAACCAAUCAGUGGGUUUCUGUGUCCCAACCAACCAAUCAGUGGGUUUCUGUGUCCCAAUCAACCAAUCAGUGGGUUUCUGUGUCCCUGUCAACCAACCAGAGGGCUCCUCCCUCUGUAUACAGAGGGUCGACUGCUAAACAAUGAACAGUCAGAUUUUAUGCAAUUUUCUCAUUUUCUUUGACCAAGUCUCAGGGGGACAAGCUAUAUGCACAGGAUAUUAUGAUCCAAGGCCUGAAAUGUUUUCAAGCCUUGGUUCCGCACUGGAAAUUUUCACUGUUAUACAGUUGUGGGGUGAAAAUGUCUCUUCCAAUUGGAAUGGUUAUGUGUGAAACAGGGCAGGAUAUAUAUAUCUGAAUAACACCUAUGGAGUAGUGUGUGUUACGUAUAUACCCAAGGAGUGUGGAUAUGGUUCCGUAUACAAUGGGGCUAUUUGCCUGCCCGUGGUGUGUGAUGUGAAAACGGUCCUGCAUUUAUACCAUACCAUUCCCUGCAAUCACCCGGAUUGAAGCAUAGCCAGUGGACAGACACAAGUACCUCUGGCUGAACAGAAAGACAAGCGGAAAGAUUGACAGCGUGAUCCUGGUGGUAAUGUGAUAAUAUACCUGUGUGAACUUCCAGUCUGGGUUAUUCCCCAGUCUAGCUCUCCACUGUUUCAUACAGGUGUCAUGGCAACGUUUAUUUCUAGGUUAUAUAUCUUAAGGUUGGACACUAACGUGAGCCAAAUUGUUCUGUAGCUCAAUUCCCUUCAUUGUUGGCCAAUUGAGACUCUUGGUUUUGCUCUUUCCGAUUCAUGUGUAUGUGUAUACUGUGAAAACCGUUGUUAUUGUUUUACAUAUUUUUACAUAUUAACAGUUUAAUUACAGUUUAUGAACCUCUUGAUAAGUGCAGACACAUAGACUAGUGAGUUUAUUUCUUGACGGUGGUAAUGUGUGUUACAUUGAAUCAUUGGUCAGGAAUAUAGUAUGUAGCGGAGCUAGUGGAUGCAUCAUCAUGUGUCCAACGUCCUCUGCCUCCCUAGGCACGACUCUAUGCAUUGUUAUCUCACUCCUUCAGAUCUCCUAGCUAUACAUAUGUACAUCAUGUAGACAAUGUUGUCUGACAUCAGAUACUGUGCAGGGUCGAAUUAGAGCCAUCUACUCUAUGAUAUUUCUACAAGAAUGCAUGCUAUACCUAGAACAGUCAUAGCCAGUGGUGAGAGCUAUCUGGCAGGUAGUAGUAUGCAGCGAUGCCAGUCAGGGGGGAUAACUUCAGUCACCGCAUGCGACACUCUUCACCUCACCAAGCUGUGUAUAUUGUCUUGUAUUCAGCAGCUUGCGUUCCUAUCACGCGUGUAUACAUAUGAAUUUGGUGAUAGUGUCACCUCAUUUCCUACCAGAUCUGUACAUAUUUCUCCAAUUUCAACAUUCCAGCGUACUUAUUUUCUAGCUGUAUGUAGAGAGCCUGCAAUGUGUCAUACAAAAGAAUAAUUUGGCACAUUUCCAAAAUGGCUUUUGCUUAAAAAUCUGUCGCCAUUGGUAAUCGUACCAGGAAACAUCUAGUUAAUGUAAACCAAUUUGAUUAAGAAAUCCUGAAAGGAAGAAAUUGUGCGCGACUGCAACCCUCUCAGAAAUUCAGAGCACAGUUUGACCUGAUUAAACUCUCUUCAUGUCUUUUCCCUCAUCCUUCAACCUCCCAGCAGAGGUAACUGUUCUACUUUCUUCGGUCAACAUGAAUGUGCAUGUUAGUGACAUUAGCUAAUUUAUGCAGUUUUCUUGCCCUCUUCCACCUGCACAAGACAGAGUUAUCCCCCUUGGCUGAUGUCUGUAGGUGGUGCUGUGUUCAGUGUUUCACAAGUCUUUAAGAUGCUUGUGUAGACAGAAGUUUCUGUAGCCAGUACAACAUAGCUGAUCAGGAAAACGUUCCGAUGUAGCCAGUCUGGAACAAGUUCUGGUGAUGCGACCGUCUAACAGGGCCUGUAAGACCUGUCAUCGUCCGCCUCCAUGGGGUUAUGCUUCAUCACAUUGUGGUUGCACUAAAGACCUGUGUGCUCAGCUCGCCGGCAACAAGUAGAAUGUCACAUGACCUUGUGUUCAUGAUGGGCCAGUAGUACCUAUAUUGGCCUCGGCGCUAUCUCUCUGUUGGCGCUGUAAUAGUUCAGGGACACUUCGAGGGAUUCCAAGCCACAAGAACUGGAUGACGCGUACAUUGUUUUAGAAGUUAUUUUCAUCCUAAAGAUAUGAUAAAUCUUAACAUCUUUAAGAGUAUAAACAUGCAAAUCAGGUUAAUGUGGGGAGGACACAGGUUGCACUGAAAGAUUGAACAUAGGGUUUAUUGCUAAUGAUCAAUACAGAUCAAAAUCACAAUGAUGCCUUUCAGCUUUCAUAGUUAAGGUCAGUUAACCAGGUCAGUUUUGUAAUGUAGCAUCCACCUGUUGCCAACCAUUUUAAGAUACAGGUGACAAACUUUGGAAGGGGUCAAUGGUGAAUUACAAAUUCGAUAUUUUUAUCAGGUUAAUAAUAAUGUUAUUAAUUUCCUAUUGAUUAAAAGGCUACAUGCUUUAUUAUCAUCAAACCCACACUUUAAAAAUGGAAAAAAAUAUGCCACCAAUAAUAUGUUGUGUUAGCAAUAUUUACGCCUGGAUCAUCUGUAAUGUAAGAAAAUACGUUUUUCUGAUCUCACAAUAAUUAUAUAUGAUCGUAGACACAUACAGGCUUAUAUGCAUCUGUAGAGAACAUGAUAGUUGGUUUUCACAAUGUGUCAGUACAUGUAUUUAUGAAUCGUAAAAAGAACCUACAAAAAUAUAAGAGAAAAUGUAAAAGAUAAUUUUCAUUCUAUUUCCAACACCGUUCCUUCUUCAGGUACAUCCAUCCAUUUUUGUUGUUUUGUGGAUCCCUCUUAUCCCUGUACCAAUCUCAUUAAGAUCAGAUCUUAAUGCUCGCUGCUGCUACAUCAAACAUCAGAGGCCAUCCCAUUACAGGUCAUGUCAGAACGACUUUUUGUAAAGUUUGACCGACCAAUGAAAUGACUAUGAGGAAGUCAACAUUAGCCAAUCAGAAAGCAGCUUUCUUAAGCUUUUUGGCAAUGGUUUCAAAAGGCGACCAUUCCAGACUACAUUUAUGAAAAUAUUUCGAAAAUAUUCUCUUUUCAAAAUUGAAAACCAAACAAAAGAAAAUUUUGGAAUGUCAAGUUGAUGACCGAGAUUCUAAGACAGUACUUCCAUUUCGAAUGUUUAUCCCAUUGAAGCAAGAGAUAGACGAUGUUUAGCAUUCAGAAUUAGUCAUACAGCCGGUAACUGUUGUUUGGAAAGCCCUGUGUUAACCUUUUCAAGGCUGCUUGUUUAGAAAACACUUUCAGACUUCCACUUUCGCUAUCUCGUAAGCUACGCAUGGAUUGGUCGGAUGAAAGUUCAUUCUGACGUGACCUGUAAUGGGAUGUCCUCGGAUGCUUGUGUAGCAGUAGGGAGCACUAGGAUCAGAUUUGAAUGAGGUUGUCCCUAUACUGGACUAUUCAGGCGACAGAUGAGGAUUUAGCUCUGUCAGAGGUUGUUUGUGUAUCUUAUUUUUCCACUGUUUACAAGGACUGAGUGAUGAAUUGUUACGUUGAGACUCACUUAGCAUUGCUUGAAGAAUGACGGUGUAAUAUCUUCAUGUUCCCAUGUAGUAUGUAUGUACAAGUUAAGUUUCCACAAAUUUAUCUGGAGAUAUAGUAGCAGAUGUUCUCUGCAUGAUGUGACUGUUAAUAGAUGAAAGGGAGAUUUCACUUAGGCUUGUUUCAUUUCACAUAGAAAAUGCUCAGAGAAUACUCUUUAGGGACCUUUGAAAUUUUUAUAUCAGAGUGUUGAUUUAACUGAGAUAAGAUUUCCUUUUGUCUAUUCGAAUAUUAUCAAAUAUAUUUUAAUUUAUUCCUUUAUCUUAUUUCUGACCAUAAUGCAUCAAACUUUUAAAUUGAUUUAAGAGUUUAGAUUUAGUUUUGUUGGAUUUCCUGUCAAGUCAAACAUUGUCUUAAUUAAUUAUUAUUUCUUCCUUUAUCUUAUUUAAUAUUUCUGACCAUAAUGCAUCAAACAUUUAAAUAUUGAUUUAAGAGUUCAGAUUUACCUGUGUUAGAUUUCUUGAUAUCAAGUCAAGCAUUGUCUGAAGUAACUGUAGUUUCUUUUUUACCCUAAGUCUUAAUUCUGGCCAGAGUGCGUCAGUUUCAGUACGUUGUCCGCAUUCUUGUUGUUUCGGAAUGAAUUUGGAAUAGAAUGACAGGACUCAGUUAGGAAGUAUUGUUUAUGAAGACAAUGUCUCUGAGCAUUUUUGUUAUUUCUUUUCUAAUAGAUGCACAGUGUGCCUCUGCUCCUUCUCCGACACUUCCUGUGUUAGGGCAAUGUUUUGUCCAUAUUUUGCAGAGCCUUUACUUUUCAAGAUAUAUUGUUAAUUAUCCUUACGCAUUCAAAGUUGGGGCUUUUUAGAAGUUCUCAGUCAUUUCUGAACAAAAACACCACAUGGACUUAGCUUGUACAGAAGUCAGGCCACUGGUUAUUUGUGGCACGUCAUGAAAUAGGAACCUGUUUCUGUUCCUAAAUGAUUAGAGAGUUUUUGAGAUGACCGCUAUUCUGCCUUGAGUCUGAGAUGUGUGAUACGUGCCUAUAUUCUGCUACUUAUGUAGGAGACAUUUUGUGUUCUUUGUACGAGCAUCAGUCACAGUCUCGAAUUGAACAACCUCUCGUUUUGGGAGUUCUCUUCCCCUGUGUUCAUGUAGAUUGGUAUCCUGGGUAACGAAACUAGGAAUAUGCCAGUGGUGUCCACCAAUUUGUAAUUGCAUUCCUGUAAAUAGUGAACAGAGAUGAUUAAACCAUGAAAAUAUCAACUCAAAGAACAUGACUGCCUUGUCGUGGGAAUAGAAAACAGUUUGUCGUCGUUAAGCCUGAUAGUCUCUAUUGUUCCUCUAUGAAUAUUAGUUACUUCUUUACCCAUAUGUAGUAAUAUAUUUGGAUAAACAAGUAAACAAAUGCUAACGAAUGUAACAAUACCAAUCUUCCAUGUGAAGGUGAUGUCGUGGUUUACAUGUUAAUAAGGUUCCCUUGAACUAGACACAAGACAAGAGGUUGUUCAACAUUGGAGGUAAUAGUGAUAGAACUCUCUGAUAUACAUAGUCUAUCAAGUGACACUUUGUAGGGGUUUUCUAUUUUUUUAGUGUGUUGAUCAAUGUUUCUGUCCUAAAGUUGUUAUCAGCCAAUACUAGUACAGGAAAAUGGUGGCACCAGAAAACAAUAGUGCCAUAACUCAGGUCUGUUUCUCUCAACAUAUAGCAAUCUUACACCAUCCCAGUUUAGCCUAGUGGAGGAGGUGUCCAUGCAUGGAGGACCAGGUUUGAUUGCUCCAAAUAUCUCAUUUGUUCCAAGUAAUAAGGUAUUAUCGUUAUAAAAAUAUUAUUAAAGCCCUCACCGUUUGAUUCUGUAUGAAAUGUUCAAUGAGAGUUUAAAUGUAAUUGGAUCGAAAUAAUUGUACAAGUUUGUAAUUAAAUGUUUCAGAUUUUAUGAUUGAAACAUUAUUCUGAUAUUAUUUCUUGUUAAGAUUAGUUAUAUGUUUUUCCCCAAAUAGUUUCCUUAAAGUAAUUUCUUGUUAGACUGGCAUGGUCUCAAAACUUAUGUUUUGGAAGGAAAGGCUACUGUUGUUUUGAAACAGACUUGAUUGUUUUUUCUGUACUUGUAUUGCAAUACCCUCAGUGGGAAAGUUGUUAAAUUUGUUCCGAAACUAAUUUGGGUUGUUUAUUGAGAUAUAUAAUAUGUAUAUUAUGUUUUAUCUUCCUCCCAUGAGAUACGAGUGUAUUCCACUCUCCCCAUCUACCAGUCUGUGAUGACUCCCUGCUCCCCCAGGAUAUGAGUGAACUAGUCCAGAGAUACAACUUCUCUUCCCUGUAGUAAAGUGGCCUAGUCCCACUUUGAUGUCUUGUUAAGCCACACUUUACAGACUGUUAAUGAGUUAUUGAUUUCCGCAGCUAUGACAAUAUACUGACAAAUGUUUCGAUCAUGUUAGUAAACAUUCAUAGCAGUAGAAUAAGUUAAGCAAGGCACUUGCCAGGAAUAAAUUUGUGCUAGCACUACAAAGUAUUAAUUAAACAUUAUUGUAUGUAUAUAUUAAUAUAAUGAAUCCUUAUAUCCUAUUAUGAAGUAACAAAAUUACUUUACUUAUCAACAAGAUUGUUGACCUUGUUCACGGUUAGUUUGAGUUAGAAACCUGUAUCUUGUCCCCCGUGUGCGAUGACACUUUCCACAACACUGUUUGAGAAUGAUUUAUUACUUAUUUCCAUAUAUCAUUUUCUUGGAUUUGAUCUUUUCAAUGUGCCAUACAAAAUGGACAUGUCUGACAAAAUAAUGUGGUAUGUAUGUUAUUGAAGAUGGAUGAUAUAUGUUUUGUAAAUAUCACGAUACGUAAACCUCGAUAGGUUGAGAAUGUUGAAAUUUUAAGGUUGUGUUCUUUUCUGACAAGUUCAGCAUAUGAAAGAAUUAAUACGGGAAACAUACAGUUCAUAAUAUAUACUCAAAAGAAGUUACAGAACUACUGAUUGUUUUCAUGAGAGAUUAACUAUAGUAAUAUGGAAAAAUCAGGUGUUCUUUAACUUCUUUUGAGUGGUAUACACUUUCAACAUGUGCCAAAAAUUUGCCUGCUGGUCUGAGCUUGUCUUCAUCAUCAGCAAUCUGUGGAUUUUAUUCCUAACAUAAGGGUUGUGGUGAGAGAUGCUUACUGAACCUCAAGAACGUUUACUCCGGUUUUAUGAGGAUGUACAGACACAACAUGAUUCACAAUAUGGAAUAUCUUUUAAUGUUACCUAAAAUACCUUGAAAUGAGCUGCCUGUGGAAACAUUAAAUAAUGAUAUGGCAUUGCUGUGGAAGUAUUAUUACUAACCUUUAACAAUAAAAUGGCAUUGCUGUGGAAACGUUAAUAUUGAAAUGGCUUUACUGUGGAAACACAUACCGAAAUGGUUUUGCUAUCAAAUAUUGUAAAAGCUUAGUAAUAUAUUAUAUUAGGGAUAUCUUAUAUAACAAUAAGGCGCUACCGUGGGAUCCGUAAGGUUAGAUAAUGAAAUAGCUUUUCUUUAAAUUCCCCAGAAAUGUGGCAUUUUGUUAUUAAAAAGUUAAACACUGAAAAGAUCAAAUCCUUAUCUUGAUAUUCACUCAGAACUUUGCUCAGAAUUGACAAAUAUUCAGUGUCAGUAGAAUCUGUAAUGGCAUUAUGCUUUGCAAAUCUCAUGUUAUUUGCCAUGUAAAUAUGAUAUUAUUCUUUACUUUUACAGUUUGUUUUGUUACCAUGGCAAACAUUGCACAAUUUGUAUCAAGAUGUAUUUCAAAACUAAUCAAGAUUUUGUUAUGCUCAAUUUUGGAGAUGAAUUUAUCACCUAGCCAUUGUCUUACAGCCUACAGAAAAAUCCUACCAACAGUAUCAUGAACUUAAACGUGAAGAAAAAAAGUUCCAUGCAGAUUCCAUUGAAUUUUACAUGAAUUGGUCAUAGUUUUUUUAUCAAUGGAAAAUGCAUUGUUGAUUUUCAAUAAGAUUCAGAUAUGUUGAGUCUGUUCCAAAAAAGCUUCACAAUUUUAAUGCUUUGCCGCUUUUGCGAUUUGUGCAAUGUUUGGUUAUGAUUUCAGAACAUUAUCUUGUAAGAAUAAGUACAUCUGUAGAAAUGUGUGUAAAGUUGAUAUUUGCUACAAAAAGACACUCCUUUACGGCUGUGAUGAUGUAGGCAGCUUUUACCGUUGCCAUAGCAACCCCUCCACUCAACCAAUCAGUGUAAUUGAUGAUUAUUUUAGUAGCACCAUGUUUUAGCUCGAAUGUUUGACUAGUCACUAACAUCCAGAAUUCCUUAAUCUGUGAUAUGCCACUAACAAGAUAGAGAAGGACAAACUCUUUUUAGUUUGUGUUAGUGUUGGAACUCUGUCUCUGUUAUUAUGCACACUUUGCAGUGUAUUUCUUUGUGUGUAUGUCUCAUUGAUCAUGAUGAUGAUGAUGAUGAUGAUGCUUUCUAGUUAUCGCUCCUUGUAUCAAUUAAAUAUUAAGCUCAGCCAAAAUGUAUGAAUGUAGUACUUAAGAGUACACUAAAUACAUGAUUUUCAGACAUCUGAUAAAGAUGAUUGGUAUUGAUGCUAAACAGGCAUUGUAUGCUUUAUCUUCUAAAGAAAUUAUCAUACAAAUAGUCUGUUUCCAUUUCAAAAUCUUAGUUUCUAGAUUCAGAAUGUCUGUUCAAUGCAAACAAUGAGGGCCUUGUAAGUAUAAAUGAUUUAGACGGAUACAAGUAUGAUCUAUUUAUUUCUCAUAUUUCGCUUGCCUGGUUUGUGUCAAGGCAAGCUGCAUUAACUUGAGCUAUAUCAUUGUUUUUAUGGCAUAAGGCUAGCCAUAUCUUUUUUGUGAAGGGAUAAUGCUGGCUUUAUAAUUCUUAUCAAGGGAUUAAGGGCAACGGAAAUUUUAAAACCUCAGUGUGAGUGUGAUGGCAAGCAGUAAAUAUAUUGAUUAUUUUGGGUUGGCUUAUUCUCUAGACACAAGAAGUGAUAUUCCUUCCAGGCAAACCCAGCAAAGGGGUGCUGUCAUGACCUUUCUGUAGGUUACCUUGCAAUUAUAGCUCCAGAAACUAUACAGUAAUGGGGAAGGGCAGCUUCAUUAGUAUAGCCAUUUUAUUUCUGCAGACAGUGGUUAAGUUGACAGAAAGAAAGCUUUAGAUGGUAAGCGAGGAAUAUUUGUUGAGAACAUCAAAGAUGUAAGCGCGUGCGAGCUCUGAUUAUCGGAAAGUUAUGAAAUAGGGAAACUAAUGGAAUGUGCAUAUGUGAGUCAAUUAGGAGUCUGUACGUGCCUUCCAUGUGCAAGAGUCAUGAAUAAAGGGAGGUAACCCAGAGGAUUUACAGGUCUCCCUCUAGACUGUCAUUAGUCAGGGUUGCCAUGGCAACCCAGAGGCCUGAUUAGAAAGUGACCAGUUUGGCAGAAAGUUCUGCAGGAAAAUUGUUCUGCUGUUAUGGUGCAUCCAAAUGAGAUGGCACAGUCAUAAUUUUGUUUUCAUUUUGUAUGAGAUGGCAGUUCAGUACAACAAGAACAACACUGUUUAGGUUGCAAAAGUUCCAUCUCCUACACCAAUAAGUAAUGGCAGUCAGUAUCUGUAGGAUGCACCUUCCCCAGCUCCCUGUAAACCGUAUUGAUCCGGGUCAGAAUUGGUCUUCAGCAAACCAUGCCUGUCAUAAGUUUCAACUGAUAUGAUCGGGUAGUCAGACUCGCUUACUUGGUUCAUCCAUGUCAUUGUAUCCAAAUUUUGUAGAUCAAUGCUCAUGAUGCUAAUCACUGGAGUGUCUGGUCCAGCCGCGAUUAUUUACAAACCUACUAUUUUGAGUUGAGCUGUCUGGGUACUCCUGCAUACAUCUUGGCUGAGCUUUAAGCAAAUACUUACACAACACAUAUCAGAAAGAUUCCAUCCCAUGCUGAGAAAAGAUGGAGAAGAUAACCACGUCUUAAUGAGACUAUUUAUGAAUCUCGUUUGACUUUGACUAAUAUUACUUAUAUUUAUCCACAUUUUCACUGAAUAUUUAUAACUCUUUAUAAUGCAAACAAUCACAUGUUCAUGACCAUAGGAGUAUUACCAUUUUACUUGUAUACUGAUUUGUUGUGGAGUCUUUAUACUCCUGUUAUUCCCCAUAUUUUAGCUUGUAGCUCUUUUUCUGUUUCAUACCAUUUUUCUGGUUUGUUCCUAGUUUUAGACAUGUGAAUCUCCCAAAUUGUAAUGAGACUAGAUUUAAGCACUUAAGGUUUUAGUCCAUUGUUAUUGGUCAGUACAGGUGACUGUUAGCCAAUCAGGAUAGCCUUUAGUGCCAGUGGAGCUAGUUCUCAGUACUGAAGGUUUUAGUCUAAUGUUAUUGGUCAUCUUGGUCAUACAUCAACCAAUCAUGGCAUUGCUUAAGAAAUAUCUAAAAGCACCAAAAUUGUUUAAAGUUAUUCAACAUGAAAUUCUGACAUUAAACAUCAAGUUGUUGAGAUAUAUGUCAAAUUUUCCUCUUUUUAUAUCAAAUUAUGGAUUGACUAGAGCCAUGUUCUGAUUGGUUGGUUGUGACCCGGAGUGACAACUUGUUGUGUGGGACGUGUUCCAUCAGGUGUGGGUGUGGUUGGCACAGACACACACACAUCGCCAGGGUAACAGUGUAACCAGUUAUUAUGUGUGAAUAGGGUGCCAGAUUAUGAAAACUAGUGCAUUUAUAUUGCUGAUAUAUACCCUGACAAUGUGAUUCUGUAUCUGUUGCCAUCUGGGGCAUAUUGGCUCCCUGUUGUGUUCUGAUGAGUGAAUGAAUGAAGUUAUGUGAGAUUGUUAAAGUGAGUCUUGUACAUACCCAGGCGUUAUAGUUGAAUCUACCACUGAUGGCUGUGGCCAUGUUGGAUAGCUGUCAAACUCAUCAUAAGUACUGGCAGUUAGGUCAUGGCAACAUCCAGUUGUCCAAUGAAAUCCUUUCUUUGUGAGAUCUUCUGUACAUUUACUUGCCACGCAUAAUUUUCACCGGUUACCUCAUAGUGGAAUAGACCUAGAAAACCAAUUUUGAAGUUUUCUCGGAGGAAUGAAUGUCUUUUCUCUCUUACUCUAUACUUUACCUUCCUCCUGUGAGAGGUGUUUACGACUUAAUGUCAAUAAACCAUCGGCGGGAUUGAGCUCCCACACUCGC